GAAAGGAGGAUUUCGAAAGGAAAAAAAAGGAGAAGACUAGAAGUGAAAAGCUUGCAAGGGAAAGUUCUCAGGUCAGCCGCAGCCGGUGAAAGAAGGGUGGCAGCUGCAACUUCAAAUUAUGGCCAACGACUCGUCGUUUUUAUUCUCCGGCAUUCGUUUUGAUAGAAAGAAAUUCGGUGCCGAUAUUGCCAGGUUCCAGAAAAAAGAUACGGAUAAUAGUUUGGCGAAGAUUCAGAGUGUGGCAGAAGAUGAAGAAAGUGAGGAAACAAAAGAAGCUGUGUCUGCAAAGAAGAGGAAGCGCAAGAGAACCUCUUCUGAAGCGGUUGAAGGAUUCAGUGUGUUCCGAACUUCCACAUCCAAGUCAAACGAUGAAAUUCAAGCUGAUGAUGAUGAGUCCAUUCGGCUGAAGAAAGAACAAAAUAAGCAACUUGAGCGUGAUGCUCUCUUCAGGAAGAAUCAUAACAUUCAUGUCUCUGGAUACAAUGUGCCGUCCCCACUUCAAAGCUUUGAUGAGUUGAAAACAAGAUAUAAAUGUCCAUCAUAUCUGUUGCGGAAUCUGAGAGAACUUGGAUUCAGAGAACCAACACCAAUCCAACGGCAGGCUAUUCCAGUACUCUUACAUGGUCGUGAAUGCUUUGCUUGUGCCCCAACUGGCUCUGGAAAAACCCUUGCAUUUGUGUGUCCCAUGCUCAUGAAGCUCAAGGUUCAUGCAAAAGGUGGCAUUCGAGCUGUUAUCAUUUGUCAUAGCCGUGAAUUAUCUACUCAAACAUAUCGAGAGUGCAAAAAGCUUGCCAAGGGGAAGAAGUUUCAUAUCAAGUUAAUGACAAAAAAUCUUUUAAGAAAUGCUGAUUUUUCAAAAUUUUCUUGUGACAUACUUAUAUCCACGCCACUUCGAUUACGCUUGGCUAUCCGAAAGAAAAAGAUUGAUCUCAGCAGAGUUGAGUAUCUUGUCCUUGAUGAAUCCGAUAAGCUAUUUGAGCCUGGAUUGUUCAAGCAGAUUGAUUCUAUCAUCAAAGCAUGCUCAAAUCCCUCAAUAAUACGCUCUCUGUUCAGUGCUACUUUACCUGAUUUUGUUGAAGAUCGAGCUCGAGAACUCAUGCAUGAUGCUGUUCGGGUAAUCGUUGGCAGGAAGAAUAUGGCUUCUGAAACAAUAAAGCAAAAAUUGGUUUUUACUGGAAGUGAAGAAGGAAAACUUCUAGCAAUUCGUCAAAGUUUUGCAGAGAGUCUAAAUCCACCAGUGUUGGUCUUUGUCCAAAGCAAGGAGCGAGCCAAGGAGCUGUAUGGGGAACUUGCAUUUGACAAUAUUAGAGUUGAUGUCAUCCAUUCAGAUUUGUCUCAAGAAGAGCGAGAAAAUGCAGUUGACAACUUCAGAGCUGGUAAAACAUGGGUUUUGAUUGCCACUGAUGUGGUUGCUCGGGGAAUGGACUUCAAAGGCAUUAACUGUGUGAUCAAUUAUGAUUUUCCAGAUUCUGCAUCGGCAUAUGUCCACAGAAUUGGUCGUUCUGGCAGAGCAGGGAGGAAUGGCGAAGCAAUUACAUUUUACACAGAGGAGGACAUUCCAUUCCUGAGGAAUGUAGCUAAUCUUAUGUCAUCUUCAGGCUGUGAGGUUCCAUCGUGGUUGAUGGAGUUGCAGAAAAAGAAGUGGAAGAAGCACCGGCCCAAAAGAGAUUCCAUCUCAACCAAGCCAGAUCUGUAAGCCAACAAAAGCAGAGGAAGAGAAAAAGGUUUUGACCGAGAAAUUUCCGGCUGCUUAUUUCAUGAUAGACCAUGCAACAGUAAUUGUACAGGCAAUGUUGCCUAAUGCUUACAGGCAAUGUUGCCUAAUGCUUACAGAAGUUCAAACCAUGAUACAGUACCUUCAUGCCAGUUGUCACCUCCAUGUAGACAUCCCAAGUGUUAACUCUAAUUAAAUUAAAGGGGAAUUUUUGUGCCUCCCUUUGUAGUGAACAUGAAAUUUUUGUUGACCCUUAAAUGUCCGAGUUGAUAAACUUUUAAACUCCUUUGCAUUUAAUAGACUUUCAUUGUGUGAUGACUUUUCA